UAGACCACAGGUGGUGCUCGAACAUCUGUCCUUUGGCCCUCUGUGACUAUAGGGACCCUUUUUGCAAGACAUGUCUUUUUCUAUUUCUUCUAAUAAUUUUAUAUAAGUUUUUAAAUGUGGCCCAUGGAAUCACUUCUGAGUUAAAAAUGAUGAUGUUUGCGCAGCUGCACCUGAGUGGAGGCCCUGCCCUGCGCCCUGCAGAGCAGCAUCACAUUAUCUAUCAUCAUGGACAGACAGCGAGGCAUUUCCUGGCUGGCUGUCUCUCCAUCGGCAUAUGCCUGCUCUGGAUGAUGCGCCUCUCUUCCCGAGCAUGACACACUUACUGGGCUGCAGAGCCGAGCCACGGGACGAGCCACGGGACAGAGACACGGAGAGGAAGCCGCGAGGACACACGAAGACGACGACGACGAUGAUGAUGAUGAGGAGGAGGAUGCGGGAGAGGAAAGCGGAUGAGAGCUAAUGAUGAUGCUAUCGACAGAGCAAUGCUCGAGAGAGAGAGGAGAACAAUAAAUAAAGCUCUGCGGGUUGGUGGAUGGUGACAGUGAUGAUGAUGAUGAUGAGGAUGGGGAUGCUGUGAGGACGGGACCGCUCGGAGGGAGGAUGCGUCUCUGCCCAGUGUGUUGAUCGUCGUGUGGGUAAAUCUCGGGUAUCACCGAGAGUUUAACGAAGCGCUAUUCUGAGGAGGUGGGCCAAGUCCCGGGAGAGAGACAGAGAGAGGAGGAGACAGAGACACACACACACACACACACACACACACACACACACACACACACACACACACACACAGAGGACCUCCAGACUGACUCAGUGAUGUUGUUGCUGCUGUUUGUCAGUGAUGUGAAGCGACAUUAAGGAGCUGAUGAAAGGACUCCUGCCCGCGCGUGGACACAUAUUUCUACAUCUUUGCAGUUACAUAUACAGCAGCAGCACUGUGUGGUAGAGACCAGUUGACGUUGGCGUCCUGCCUGUUGAGAUGUGCCAAUAGGAAACACUGUGAACAGGGGUUCAUGCUGAUGAAAUUGAUCUGCUCAGUGAGCUCCAACCAGAGCCAUGGGGAGUACCCAGACUGCCGGAGUGAGAGGGAGUCCGGAGGGGAGGCGUCUCUCCUGGUGUCUCCGCUGGUGGUGGCGGGGAUCGUUAUAGGCCUGGUCCUCUUCCUCUCCUGCAUCACCAUCAUCGUCGGCAGCCUGCGCAAAGACAGUCGGCUCCGAAACCCACACCUCCGAGCGAGCUACGGUCUGGAUGGUUUUUCUUACGGAGGUUCAGUAGGAGAACUGAGAUCUACCUGCUUAGAAGACUUUCCUCCUGGUUUAGACUUUGAUUCAUACAGAGAGACUUUGUCUCAGGUCAACAGCCUGUACCCCGACUCACCGCCACGUUACGAUGAGUGUGUUGGCCCAGGUGCGACACAGAUCUACAUCCCCACAGAUGACCCACCUCCUUACUCCCUGUUGGACCCCUGUCAGAGAGGAGCAGAUCAGGAGGAGCAGCCCGACUACACCAGUCUGGAUCCAUCUCCAUACUAUGGAGAGACCUCGGCCAGCGCUGCCUGGUUCUCCCCCUCCCACUACCCGCCAGGACUCCAGGAGCACGAGCACCAACACAUCGCAUCCAUCUCCUUCCCUCUGGAGGCGGCACCGCCUUAUGAGUCAGUGUUGGCCGAGCAGCAGGGGCAGCCCCUCCCUCUCAUGCCAUGUGACCUUUAUAAACACCAAUCAGAGCGGGGCGAUGAUGGCACCUCCCGGCAGCCGGGGGCGAACCAGAUCUUGUAGGACAAUUAAUUUGUUUCUUUCACCUGCGCUGUCGGUCGUCCCCGGCUGAAUUAAACAAACACUUGUGAUGUGGGGCACAAAAUGGCUGUUAGGAGCAGCUGUGACACCAAACCGUGAACACUCAUGAGAUGUACACUUCUUCCAAACAGCGGCUAACACCUAAUAAAGCUUCUUAGUGGACUGAAAUUAAUCCAGGACUCCAGCUUAACUACAGUUUCUUCUGGACAAAAUCAGAACUCACUAACUGUGUAAAGUUUCUGGAAGCUUCUCUCAGACAAAGGCUUGUCGUUUCAGUGAUGCUCCCUUGGACAAAGACUCUCCCACAUCCCAUAAUAACACCAUCGUCUAGUUCAGUUUUUACCACGUUUUAAUCUCUUUCUUGUCAUGUGUCAUUUUUGAAUUAUGCUGUUCAUCAUACUGUUGACGACGGCAAGCUGAAAACUGAGUGUAAGCAGUGUCUGUGGUAUUUAGAGUAGUUUAAGGUACAUACAAGCACAGAGUACUCCCUCCCCCUCCCAUUUCUUUUGGUAUGAUCCUCACCUGUCAGUCUAUUUAAACUGUGUUUUAAAUGAAAGUGCAAUGACCACCUGUGUUGUAGGAACUCCACUGCUGAUCUCCAGUCUCUGUAGUGUGUCAACGUUUAGAGCAGUGUGGUUGUUUUAGUGGUUAGAAGAAGGACUUUAUGAUAAAAUGGUUGUAAUCAUAAAUCCAAACUAAUUAGGAAACUAUCUGGACAGGAAGACUGAAUCAUCAACUCUCCAACUUUUCCAGUUAUAAGGCACUAUGAUGAUGUUAUACAAGUCAUUGUCAUCUGUCAUCAGCAGAGAGGAGACUCAUCCACUGUUGUACAAAUUGUCUCUUUCUAUCAAGGGCUCUGGUUUUAAUAUGUACAUUGAUAUACUAUUGUGUAAGUGGACCCCAGCAGCAAACUGUAGCUCGGAGCCGUCCUCCUGACGAGGUCGUGUUGAUGCAACAGAGAAGUUACACAUUAAACUGUAGACCUGAA